AUGAUUGUUGGUGGUGGGGGAGAAUAUGAUGAGGAUGUUGCCGAUUACCCUAGAUCUAAUCUUUACACUACGCUUGACUGUCAUCGAACGUUGUGGAUGGGCGAUUUGCAGCCACAAUGGGACGCACAGUUUAUUUCAACGGCGUUUAAGGAGCUUGGUCACACUCCGUCUACGGUGAAAAUGGUGACUGAUAAACAUACGGGUGUGACAUGCGCGUAUUGUUUUGUCGAAUUCGCAACGACAGAUGAAGCACGGGACGCAAUGCUGAGAGCCAAUGGACAUAAAGUCCCGAACAGUGAGCCUCGUUCUCGCUUCAAUCUCUCCUUUGCCAACGAUCCACGAGUCCCGUCGAUUGAGUUCAAUCUUUUUGUUAAUAACAUACAUCCGGAUAUUGACGAUGCUGCUCUUUACCAGGUGUUUGGUGCACGAUAUCGUUCUUGUCGAGGUGCCAAAGUGUACCGUAACCGUGACGGAUCGUCUCGAUGCCUUGGAUUUAUACGAUUCGGCGAUCAAACCGAACAGCAAAUGGCACUGAUUGGUGACCCAUCGUUGGUUGCUUACCAGAUGACGUAUCAACAACCACAACAGCAAUCCCAAGUUACUUAUGCCUACCCGCAGCAGCAACAACAACAACAACAGCAGCCGGUUGUUAUUCAACCUUCAGAACUCGUCUAUCCCUACAAUCCGACAGCUGAAGAGGCUAACGCCGAUCUUAUUGAAAAUGGUGAUGCCUGGUGGGAAAUUUUGGAGGAGAGCAGAUUAGUGACGAUUCUCAAUCUUCGUGGCGGCCGGGUAGGAGAGCGUCUAACUUUCAUGGGCUCUCGCCUACUCACCAUUAGUUAUGUUCUUGACAAGUUAAAAACGUGA